AUGGUGUCAACGAGCUUCGCCAAGUUCCCUUCCAUCGCUCUCCUCGGGAAGAAGGGGAGAUCCGCCGCGUCCUUGGCAGAUGGGACGAAGAGCAAGAGUCUGUGGGAAGUAGUGGUGGCCCUCGAUAGCGACGUCGGUAGCGCUGACGACACCUUCACGGUGCUGACCCACCUCAGCGCGGACUCGGCGGGGCUGCAUCCCCUGGAGGCGGGCGACAUGCUGCUGGGCUACGACCUCAGGGGGAAGAAUUUCAACGAGGCUCUCCUGAGCGGGCUAUCCGGCGACGUUCCGGACAUCGUUCUCGUGAAGAGGGCUCCUCCACCAAAGACAGCGCAAUCCAAGAAAAAGCGCUACAAGCUGCGGUCGUUGGACGUGUCGGGCGGCGGCGGAGGAGGAGGGGCGGAUCACGGCAAGGAGGGCAAGCGGGGGGGCAGCGGCGGCGGCGGGAAGGCUUCACACGCGGGGGGCAGCGAUGAGAGAGAGAUGGCGGCACUCAUCGAAGAGCUCUCCAUGGACGAAGAGCUGAGGGCGGAGCUAGGGGUCGUGCCAGAGCCGGACGAAGACCCCAGCGGAGCGGUGGCGGCAGAUCCCGUAGGGGAAUAUGAAGAAAGGUAGGGUCAUGCCUGAGCCAGAUUAAGACGCCAGCUGAGCGAUGGGGGCAGACCCUGAAAGAGAGGACGCGCAGAAGAAGGCUAGAAGGGGUAGGGGCACCGCGACUGGAUGCUAGCCUGCGUGGGGUCAUCCCUGGGCCACGUGAAAACGUCCGCAGAACGAUAAUGGCGGCAGACCCGGAAAGGGGGAAUACGUAGAAGAACGGCAGGGUGGGGUAUGGGCGCCGCGUGGGGUUGUUCACGACUGUGGCAAGCCAGGCGCUCCCAGGCGACAAAUUUUAUUCUGCUCGGACUGCCGUGGAAGCGAGAUAGACUGUGCAGGUGUAGAGCAGAGAUAGUUGAAACCCAAGACGUUUUUCUUUGCUUUUGACUGCCGUGAAGAUGUCUGAUGGGUGACUGCUGUCCUUCGCUUGGCUAUGUACGAGCUAUUGCCUGCGUCCCUUCCUCGUCAAAAGUUUGGGCGGUCAGUCCCGAACAGCGUGACGCGAAAGCCUUCCGACAACGUACCAUUUGAUUCUGGCAUGCUCUUCGUCGUUCAGAGAAAAAUGAGGUCAAGGGGUGUGUGGAUCCUUUGCCACCUAGUGACGGUUGUAUAUUGCUGCAGUACGCGCUACGCGCCACAGCAAUUGUUCGAUUGUUCGUCUAGCGUGGGGCGAGACUGGGGCUUGAUGACUGCCAGGGCGAGAGCGCCAUCGGAGUUGAGAGGGCGAGGCCCACGGGCGGGAUCAGGACUAUCGCGGCGCGGCAGGUUUCCUUGAGGCUGCCGGUGUGCACGAUAGUUAAUAGUGGUGUUGGAGUUCAGCGCUCCUCUUUUUGUUGCGGGAGAGAUGUCAUAGGCUAGCUGUCGGCCGAGACAAAGCGGCUUGUGUUGACGAAAAAGGAGAGAGCCUCACAAACAAGGCGGAUUGAAGUUGGACAUACAUUCACAGCCCCUCUACAAGGCAGGUAUGCGCCAGACCGGUUAGCCCGCCCUCUACAGGGCACCCGCCUCCUUCGAUGCGUAGGACAACUUGAUGGUUCAGUCUGUCCCAGCCAAUUGUACCCGCCUUAUAAAUGACACCUACCAUGUAUAACCCGCGUUGUAGAGGGCCAAGGACUGUAGGAGAAUCCUGAAGUGAGAUAUGAUAGCUGUCGACGGAGGAGGGGUUCCCCCGUGGAUGGCAGUUGGGGGGUUAGAGACCUCAGAAACGAGGCAGGUUCAAAUUGGACGCGGGAGAAUCCACAAGUCUCGUGUGGAAAAGAUACAUAGAUGUCGCAGACUGGCUGCCGGGUUGCGUGGGUGAAAAGGGGGGUUUGAGGGCCUCAGAGCCCGCAGCACGUUGAAGUUGAAGGUUGGGACAUCCAGUCGUCUCGUGUGGAGAAGAUACGGAGGCAAUUGUCUUGCGCAUGCCGGAGAUCAGAGUUGUUUGGUGGUAACGAGUUUUCUUUGACAUCUCUCAGUGGGAAAGGGUAAGUGAGGCUGUUGGAUCACUCCAAGCCUUCACUCCGAAACCUAAAACGGAGACAUAUUUUUCACCGCUUCCUUCACCCCUGCUGCUC